AUGAGCCAGCAGGAUGUUUUGGGGCUUACCAGCGAGGAAUCCCAUCGCGUGAUUCCAAUCUCGGCAUCGCAAUCUCUACACGCGUCGACCGCGCCUGCCACUCCGGGCGCGAUUUCAACGGGUUUAUCAAGACUCGAUGAGGCGCUCUGUACACCUUCUGGGGAGGAUGUCCCUGGGUCGAGUACUCCCUCUCACAAGGGAAUUUGCUGCGGUCAGGUUACGGAGGUGUAUGGGCCACCUGGCGUGGGGAAGACCUCGUUGGCAUUGAGUACGGCAGUCAAUGCCCUACUAGAUGGACGGAAAGUGAUCUGGAUUGAUACCAUGUCCCCUCUACCAAGACCGCGUCUCAGGAAGAUGCUCCGGAAGGCCUUAGAAUCCACAGAGAGCGACAAGUCAGAAGAAGACCUGGUCCAAAACCUACUCUACUUCCACACCCAAUCCCUCCCACAUCUCAUUGCAUUACUAUUCCGCCCACCAAAGUCAUUUCCCCCUGACGACACCUCACUCCUAAUAAUCGACUCAAUAUCAGGCCCAUUCCCCUCCUACUUCCCCAACCCAACAGAACUCCGAGCCCGUCUUGCCCAAUCCGACAUCACAGACAAAUCAAAAACCCAAUGGCUCAUGAACCGGCGCUGGAACGUGACGAGCGAUCUAGCCAACCAACUAAUGAAACUAGCCACCACCCGUCGACUGGCGGUACUUGCUAUUAACCAGACACAUACUAAGAUAAAGGGCCAGCCGCGGGCGACGCUCUGUCCUGUGCUGUCGGGUGGAGCGUGGGAGAAUUGUAUUUCUACGAGGAUUGUGCUGUAUCGUGAUUUUUGCAGCGUGGUGGAAGAGGAUUUGCCCGUUUUGGUUAAUGCACGCUUCGCAGAGGUUAUGAAACAGUCAGGGAGGAUUUUGGUGUUGAGAUUGGAAGAGAAUAUUGUUCCGUUUGCUACUGAGUCGGACGGCCUUCGUGGAAUAGAAAAGAAACAACCCCCCAGUGCUACUCCGCAGGUAGCAGAGCCACGCGAGUUUCCAUCCCAGCCGGCGAGCCAACCAGCGAGCCAACCCGGCAAACCAAGUCAAACGCCCAGUCAACCUAGUCAACCAGCCGGCCAGCCAACAAGCCAAAGAAAGCGAAAAGUCGAUGAAAUUGCAGACAGCGAGGAUGACGAAGAUGACUCCGAUGGGGACUACGGAUGGGCCGAGGAUGAUGAUACCCUGCUCCAGAACCCAGAGAAACAAUAA